AUGAGAUCUAGGCCACCCAUUUUAAGACAUCUUAAGAUAAGAUUAAGAGAAGGAUUAGAGUACCGUCCUCAUGGAAGAAUAUAGGUUGUCUAUUAAGAGAGUCAAUUAUUAAUCAUAACCACCUAUUGGAGGAGCCUAAUUCUCGAAAGGAUUAAGGUAUCUUGUCCCCCUCUUGGAGGGUACUUUUUGGCUCUCUCUCAAGCAAUAGCUAGCCGAAGAAAAUAAGAAGAAAAUCAAGGCCUGGUCAAUAGCAUUCUCAUGCCUAAAAUCCUCAUGGAGAAGAGAUUACCUAGGGUACAUCAAGAACGUCAUGGAUCAAGCAUCACUCGGCCUAGGAUUAGCACACAACGAGAUUUGUGCAUUAGUGCAUCCUUGUAAUCCUCUCUAUAGAUAGAUUAACUUUUAAUUUGAAUUAGUUUUAUCAUUUAUUCUAUCAUUCCAUUGUAUUAAAUAUAUUAUUUCCCCUUUGCCACACUUUCUAUAUAGUGCAGAGGGAGCCCAUCCAUGCUUACUCUUGCCAACUUGAGUUUCUCUUGCUUAAGAACCUCAUGGAUGGAGAAAAAUAAUUCUGCUUUAAAGAUCCAACUCUGGGGUCCCAACCCAUAGAAGGUGAGUAA